GGUUGGUGACGAAUGUCCGUUGUGUUAGGGAAAGCCUGUGAUUGACCGCUACGGUAGCUACGGUGUUUCCAGCUGGAUAUAGAGACCAUGGUGUAACAGAACGCCAAGAUGUCUUUUCUUAAGAAUUUGAAGAGCCUCUUCACUGGAGGCGGUGAGAACGCCUCCAAGAAGAGGCGCGUGUUGAACAAUGUGAAAGUCGGCAUCAACCCCGAGGAAGUGUGGGACCUGCAGGGAGAGCUGGGCGAUGGCGCCUUCGGCAAGGUUUACAAGGCGGUGCACAAGGACACGGCGCUGGUGGCCGCGGCCAAGGUGUGCGAGAUGAACGAGGACGACGAACUGGAGGGCUUCAUGGUCGAGAUCGACAUCCUCACCGAGAUGCAGCACAAGCAUGUGGUCAAGCUGCUGGACGCCUACUUGCAGAGGAAGCAGCUCUGGAUGCUGCUGGAGUUCUGCGACGGCGGCGCGGUGGACUCGAUCAUGGUGGAGCUGGACCGAGGCCUGAAGGAGCCGCAGAUCGCCUACAUCACCCGCGGCAUGGUCGAGGGCCUCGAGUACCUGCACAACAACAAAGUCGUCCACCGCGACAUCAAGGCUGGCAACGUGCUGCUCACCAUGGACGGUGGCGUCAAGCUGACCGACUUCGGCGUGUCGGCCAAGAACAAGCACACGCUGCAGAAGCAUACGACGUUCAUCGGCACGCCGUUUUGGAUGGCGCCCGAGGUGAUCAUCUGCGAGACCUCGCUCAGCGACCCGUACGACAAGAUGGCCGACAUCUGGUCACUGGGCAUCACCAUGAUCGAGUUCGCGCAGAAGGAGCCGCCCUACAACGAGCUGAACCCGGUGCGCGCCAUGCUGCGGAUACAGAAGUACGACCCGCCCACACUGGACCGGCCCAGCCAAUGGAGCAAGGAGUUCAACGCCUUUAUCCGCGCCUGCCUUAAGAAGGACGCCAGCAAGCGGCCCGAGGCCGUCGACCUGCUGCAGAUGGCGUUCAUCAACCGCACCCUGGACAACAAGCCGAUCCGGGAGCUGCUGCUCGAGUACAAGGCCGACGUGGUGGAGGGCAUCGAGGACGCCGCCGACGAGGACACUCGCGCCUCCCGGCUGAGCCUGGACUCGGGCCUGCCGCCCACCGACGAGGCCGACGAGGAGGCCGAACCCAAAACCACCGCCGAGCCGCCCGCCUCACCCAAGAAAAAGCCUGCGCCGAAACCGCCAGCGCCUGCUGAGCCGACCAAGUCCCCCGAGAAGAAGAAGCUACCAGCGCCGCCACCGCCGGUCGCCAGUGCAGUGGCGCCCUCAGUCCCGGCCGAGCCGGACACCGCGCCCGCUCCGUCCGCCAAGGUCCAACCGGACCCGGCCCAAACUAAGCCUGCCCCUGUGCCGGCGACCUCACAACCUGCAGUCGAUCAGCCUGCAGCCGGUCAGCCUGCUGCCGGUCAGCCCGCAGACGCCCAGCCUGCUGCCGCUCAGUCUGCGGUAACUGAGCCCAGUGCGACUCCGACAGAGGCGCUGCCGUCGGUGGAUCCGACACCGGCAGCGAUCGAGGAACAGAAGCCGACGCCGGCGCGGCCGGCCGACCAGAGACCGGCACCAGAGUCGCCAGCCGAGCAGGCUACUGCGCCGCCGGCCGCGGCGGCACCAGCUGCGGCGGCGACCAGCGGUCCGCCGCCGGCCGCGGGUGGCACAGUGACGACGCUCAUCCAGAGCGUCGACGGCGAGGCGCGCAUCCAGGUGGUGGACGCCGGCCGAACCGACUGGAGCGACGGCAGCCGCUCGCCGGAGGGCGGCGCCACCCCGCCCGGCACGGAGGCCGAAAGCGAAGCUGAACUGAGCGCGCACCAGAUCAUGGACUCCCUGAUUGGCGAGGUACUGCGGCUCCAGGAGGAGGACCGGCGCGCUGAGGGCGACGACGACUCGGACGACGGCUCGGCCGCGGCCGACGGCGCCGAAUCGCGGCUGACGAACGGCGCGGCGCCGCGGCCGCCCGGCCAGCGGCUCGACGACAGCGAGGUGGUGAUCGCCGGCAGCAGCAUCGUACACGGCGGCCCGCCGGACUCCGACCCCGGCAGCCGGUUCGAGCUGACGCUGGAGGAGACUGCCGGCACGCCGCGGUCCGAGCCCGAGCCCGAGCACGCGCCCGAGCCGGAGCCGGCUGAGCCGCACGUGUCGGUCAUACAAGUGGAGCCCGAGGAGGAGAAGGCGGCAGGCUCUGAGGCCACGCUCACCUCCAUGCUGGUGGAGGGCACGACGGUGGGCUCGUCCGACGUGGACCAGCUGGACGAGGACGAGGACGACGGCAGCGUGUUCUCGCCCGAGCUCAACUCCACCGCUCGGCCCGGCUCGCGGGCGAGCAGCGCCGACAGCGACGGCCUGCCCGAGGCCGACUCGGCCGGCAGUCAGAAGGAGAAUAUGCCGCCGCCGUCCGCGGUGCCCGCGCCGCGCCGCCAGCAGGACGACGACGAGGACGAAGACGUGGUGCUGAGGAAGAAGCGACCGCCGCUGUCCUCCCAGGACUCGUCCAGCGUGUCGCGCUCGUCCACCAUGAGCCGCACCAAGGAGGAGCAGGCCAUCUCGCACCUGCGCAAGAAGACGCGCAAGCGGACGCGGCGGUUCGAGAUCGACGGCGUCGUCGUCACCACCACCACGCACAAGGUGUUCUACGGCGACGACGAGUCGGCGUUCGUCGACGAGCAUGUGUUCAGGAAGCAGGAGCUGCGCGACCUCAAGAUGCUGCAAAAACAGGAGCAGAAGCAGUUCCGCGAGCUCAACGCCAAGUCGCAGCUGGGCCGCGACAACCAGCAGCGCAAGUUCGAGUCUGAGAUGGCGCAGCUGGUGCGCCAGUACGACAGCGACCUGGACAGCCUGCAGCGGCAGCAGAAGACGCAGGUGGAGCGGGCCGAGCUGCAGCAGGAUAACGACCUGCGCUCGGCGAGCAAGAAGAUCCGCGCCGAGCAGGAGCGGGAGCUGAAGACGUUCCGCGACUCGCUGAAGCAGGAGCUGCGUCUGCUGAAGCAGGAGACGGACAUGCUGCCGCGCGACCGCAGGAAGGAGGCCCACAAAGUCCGCAAGGACAAGCUGGACGGCGAACACCAGGAGAAGGAGCGGGCGUUUAUCGAGCGUCUGAACGAGUCGCACGAGUCGUCGCUGCAGCGGCUGGCCGAGCAGCACCGCGAGAAGAUCGCUCUCAUGGAGAAGCAGUUCCUGCAGCAGAAGCAGCAGUUGCUGCGCGCCAAAGAGUCGGCCGUCUGGGAGCUGGAGGAGCGUCAGAUCCACGAGAAGCACCAGAUGAGCAAACACCAGGUCAAGGAGGUGUUCUUCCUGCAGCGACACCAGAUGCUGCUGCGCCACGACAAGGAGCUGGAGCACGUGCGGCGCAUGAACACGCGGCGCACGGACGAGCUGGCGCGCCAGCAGCAGGUGGAACGGCGCGCGCUGCCCAAGCGCAUCCGUGCGGAGCGCAAGGCGCGCGAGCUCAUGUUCCGCGAGAGCAUGCGCAUCAGCAACACGCUGCCGCACCGCGCCAGCCUCUCGGAGGCGGACGGCGACGAGCGGGACCGGCUCAAGAAGUUCCUGGAGCAGGAGCGGAAACGGUACAAGGCGGAGGAGCAGCGGUUCGACCUGAAGCACAAGCGCAAGCUCGAGGAGCUGCGGGCCAAGGGCGAUGCCACCAUCAAGGAGCUGGAGCAGCUGCACAACGAGAAACGUCGCAUGCUGAUGGAGCACGAGUCGAUCAAGCUCAAAUCGCUGGAGGAGACGUACCAGACGGAGCUCAAGGAGUGGAAACACUCGCUGAAGCCCCGCAAGCAGAAACUGGAGGACGACUUCGCGGUGGAGCUGGAGGAGCAGGAGCAGUUCUACACGGGCCCGGGACGGCGACGGCGCUGCCUUGACUGA